AGUGCAGGUAAGGUUGCAGUCGUCUCAGACAGGAUGUUGUCUCUCACUAGGAGUUAAGACAGGGUGGAGGAGAAACGAUCAUGUUGAACAUGUUCAGAAUAAUGAAGACUGUGUUACAACUGACGGCUUCAUUACAACUUACAACACUUCUCCGGGUCAUCAAUCAGGGCUGACAUAAGACCCUCUCUGGUAGAAGAUCAAGGCGCUGAUGUCUGCUAAUAUGCAGGGCAUCAGGCACUUCAAGGAAUUACCAUUUGUGAUUAUUUCUGCAGGUUUCAAGUUUAUUGUGUGACUGGAUAAUUUGACAAAUUCCUGAAAGAUGUACAGCUUGGGUUUUGUGUGAAACGACAGAGCCGUGAUGGCCAGUGUCUGAUCUACGUGUGCAGACAUGCUUUAUGAAUAACACCCAAGUUUGAUUACAGUUUUUAGAUGGAAAGUAACAUGGCUGAUAUUGAAAUAUUGUGAACCUGAUAGACAAUAUGGAAUGUGAGAUGAAGUGUGAUAUGUUAUGAAAGAUGACAGGUGGCAUACCAGUGCCCAUUUUAAUGAAUCUCUCCAAGAUAAUUAUCAAGGGUUUCAUGCCAUGUGAUGUGAUGGUUGAUAUUUUCUGCUGAACAUAUUGUCCUACGCUGGCACAGGCUUAGUCGGGUUCAAGGAUCUACUGCUCAGGAUUACUUUGAGCUUUCUGGCGAUUAGGACCAUGGCUUACUGAAGUACUUAUUGUGCUGUAUUGAAGACUAUAUUCUGGCUGUGACACAUUGUCUAUUGAAUCAGGACGUUAUAUGACAGAAUGACCCAGUGAAGCUUGAGUAGAGUGUUGUGGGAUAACACAGGAGUAUUCCCAUGUAGGACAUUGUUGGGAGACACUAUGUAUAACACUGUAACUACAGAUGAUGGUGUUGUUAUCUGUAACAUCCAACCGGAGACCUCACACAAUGGACACCACCAUCACCUUCUCAUUAAAAAUGGGGAGGAUGUGAGCUUGCUGCAUACUAAAUUUGAGGCGCUUCCUGUGAAAGAUUUCUCGGCUGAAGUGCGGGCGUCGCGGGACGUGGAGAGUUACCUGAAGGAUGCAACUCUCCUGCUGGACCUCCAUGAGACAGGGAUGCAGGAAAUUGUCAACAUCAUGCUCAACCGCGUCAUCAAAAACCAGGACAAUCCAGAGUUCGACAUCGGAGAGGCUAAAGCAUCUCUGUACACAGCUGACUCAGGUCUUCUGUUGUCAAAGACAAUACAAGGAACCGUUGCUAACAGCGAGAUGGGCGGGGUGGACUUUGACCAAUCAUGGCUCUGUAUGAUGUGUGAUGUGACAUCCAUUGCGAAAAGGAAGGUGGUGAUUGCCCGCCUCCACACACCGGCCAAUCUGGGGGCUAACUGUCAGGAGGUCACAUUCAUCGUCCUCAUCCUCACACCAACCAAAGAGAAAACCACCAAAAACUACUUGGAGACUGGUCGGACAUUUGCAACAUUGUUCAUGGACCUGGAGUUCCGGCACUCAUUGCUCAGCAUUACUGACGAGGAUGAGUUUAUCCGCCUCCUGCAAGCGAGAGCGAGACAGCUUGUCGUGGAGCAGGGCCACCCGGAACACAGGAAGUCUCUGCCCAACGUGUCGGUGUUCGAUGUGGAUGGGGAGACCAAAGCUCGGUGUCCCAUUGGGCAGGGACUUCUGGGUGAUCUCAAAAGGAGGCUGCCUCAUUACUGGUCUGACUACAAAGAUGGCGUCAUCGGUCACAAGACCCCCCACAAAGUGGUGUCCACAACUUUGUUCCUCUACUUCGCCUGCGUGCUGCCCAACAUCGCCUUCGGCAUGCUCAACAGCGACAACACAGAUGGUGCUAUAGGGGUCAAGAAGAUCCUGUUUUCCCAGUGUUUUGGUGGUGUGGUGUUUGCAGUACUCGGAGGACAGCCUCUCAUUGUCCUCCUGACCACAGCGCCCCUCGCCCUCUACACCAAAAUUAUUUACACUAUUUGUGAGGACUUCCACUUGGACUUCCAUGCAAUGUUUGCUGCGACUGGUCUCUGGAACGCCUUCUUCCUCCUCUUGUAUGCAUUCUUCAACACCAGCAAGAUGAUGCGCUGGUCAUCAAGGUCAACAGAGGAAAUAUUUUCUGUCUUCAUCACUUUUGCCUUCUCAGCAGACGCCAUCAAAGACACUAUUAAAGAUUUUGAUAACAACUACCAUGCAAAAGCUUGUAAAGUGCAACCAGAUACAACAAACGUGUAUAAUACUACUGACCAGACAACUGUGAUAACCACGCCUACUACUACUGUCCUGACAACUGUUGUCAGUAAUUUAACCAGUGCUAUCAACAGCAGUCUCAAUGAUGAGCACACCAAGGAGCAUGCUUGCCUCAGGGAAAAUAGUGUUUUAUUUUUGCUGCUAAUGCUUGGUACUGUCUGGUGUGGUCUUACUCUUCUCAACUUCACCAAAACACCUUUCCUCAACGCCAACCGACGUGAGAUCCUAGCAGACUACGCUCUGCCCAUCUCGGUGCUGCUCAUGUCUUUCUUUGGUUCCUAUGUCUUCUGGGAGGUCAGAUUGGAACCCUUUGAGUACAAUCCAGCGGAACAGAUGUUUGAGUUGGCCCACAUACAGAAUCUCCCCGUGGGAGCCAUCUUUGCAUCAGCAGGUCUGGGCUUCAGUCUGUCUCUUCUCUUCUUUAUGGAUCAGAACAUCUCUAGCGCCCUCGUCAACACACCCAACAACAAGUUGAAGAAAGGUGCUGCCUACCACUGGGAUCUGUUUGUUGUGGCCCUCAUCAACGCCUUCCUCUCCGUCUUCACCCUCCCCUGGGUGCACGCCGCUCUGCCUCACUCGCCCCUCCAUGUGCGUGCCCUCGCUGACGUGGAGGAGAGGGUCGAACGGGGACACAUUGCACAGACUGUCGUCCAUGUGCGCGAGACGCGACUGACAGGGAUCAUCUCCCACGUCUUGAUUGGGCUGUCAGUGUUGAUGCUGCCAAUGCCGUUGUCGUACAUUCCACGAGCCGUUCUGGACGGCCUCUUCCUGUUUGUGGCCAUCUCUGCUCUCUAUGGCAACCAGUUCUUUGAGAGGAUUCAGCUGCUGUUUACAGAACAGGCCGCGUACCCCCCGAACCACUACAUCCGCCGUGUCCCCCAGCGGAAGAUCCACACCUUCACGGGCAUCCAGCUGAUCCAGCUCCUCGUCCUGUGCGUGUUCGGCUUCUCCCCCAUCGCUUACAUGAAGAUGCUCUUCCCCGUGCUCCUCAUGUUCCUCAUGCCUAUCAGACAUAAAUUGGUACCACGUGUCAUCGAAUCCAGAUUCCUGAAGGCCUUGGACGGACACUGAACAUCAACAACAGACCCAGCAGCAUCGCAUAAUUCUGAUAAAUCCUGGCAUUUUAUACUGGCAUUAACGGCCAACUCUGUCCAGAGCAUGGCAUAAUUCCUAUAUACUGGCAUCUUGUGCUCACAGAGAGGCUUGAUGGUGCUUGACUGUGGUUGACAUUGGUUGACUAAGGUUGACAGUUGACAACAUAUAUGCAAAGAUGUAAGCCGGGUGUAGGUACAUAUCAUGUGGAUGUACGUUGAGAGUAUACAUGAAUGUCAGCUGUGUAGGACUGGCUUGACAGUUUCAGUUCCAGACUUUGGUGGAAAGGGAGCCAUGAGUGCUGUUUCUUGUUGGCCAAUGGCCGACAUGUGGCCAGUACAGGACUUGUUCUUGAUGCACGUUUCUCAGAUCAGUAUGUGUUUUUCAAGGACGCCAUUAUAGAUGUUUCUAUUUAUUUUCUAUGGUGACAUUAAGAUAUUAUCAAGAAGCUAUGAGCGUCUGUACAAUUGCCUGGAUAGUGGAGUGAGAGUACUGUUUCAAGUCACCCCACAGUCAAGUUUCAGCCCACCAGAACUUUGCCGAUUUGUGGCAAGUGUACAACAAGAUGGAACCGAUUCAGUAUCAUACAAUCAUGUCACAGAGAACUGAGUCCUGGAAUGCACUAAUACUUGAUGACGUCCAAGUAACUGCAUAAAAAAGGUUGCAGUCAAAGUAGAAAUAAUAAGUUGGAUCCUCAAGUUAAUCAUGUCUUCAUCCAUUCUCAUUAAAAUCAGAUCUUAGUUCUCGCUACUGCUAAACAAAGAUCUGAAGACUUCCCAUUAGGGGUUACCUCAGACCGAACUUUCGCAAACUUUGACCGACCAAUGGAAUAACUAACAAUAAGUCGGCAAUAGCAAUUCAGAAGGCAGCUUAAUCAAGCUUUACGGCACGAGUUUCAAACCAGCGACUGGAAACAUAUUUUGAUAUAUACUUGAUUAAAAAAUUAAAACCUGAACAAAAGAACAUUCUGGAAUGGCUAAUAGAUGGUCUAGAUUGUAUGAAUACAGUCAUAAAGCCUACAACUGUCGUUCAGAAUACCCGGUGUGUGAUGUUUUCAAGGUUUCACGAUACAAAAUCACAUUCCAACUGUCACUUUCAUGAUCUGCUAAGCUAUGCUCUGAUUGGUCAGAUGAAUGAUCGUUCUGACAUGACCGGCAAUGGGAUGUCCCCAGAUCUUUGUUAGAGGUAGCGAAAACUAAGAUCUGAUUUUAAUAAGAUAGGUCUUCAUCGAUGCUUCAGCUGCUAAAGUCUUCAUGGAUGCUUCAGCUGCUAAAGUCUUCAUGGAUGCUUCAGCUGCUAAAGUCUUCAUGGAUACUUCAGCUGCUAAAUGCUUCAUCGAUGCCUCAGCUGCUAAAGUCUUCAUCGAUGCUUCAGCUGCUAAAGUCUUCAUCGAUGCUUCAGCUGCUAAAGUCUUCAUCGAUGCUUCAGCUGCUAGGGUCGUCAUGGAUGCUUCAGCUGCUAGGGUCGUCAUGGAUGCUUCAGCUGCUAAAGUCGUCAUGGAUGCUUCAGCUGCUAGGGUCGUCAUGGAUGAUUCAGCUGCUAAAGUCUUCAUCGAUACUUCAGCUGCUAAAGUCUUCAUUGAUGCUUCAGCUGCUAAAGUCUUCAUCAAUGCUUCAGCUGCUAAAGUCUUCAGCAAUGCAUCAGCUGCUAAAGUCUUCAUCAAUGCUUCAGCUGCUAAAUGCGAUCGGUGAUUGUUGUUGGAAGGGGUGGGGGGUCCAACCAAUCUCUUGUGGCUGAAACACCAUGUUUUGCUCAGGUAGUGUGUGUAACCAAUGGCUACGUCUUGCUGAUGUCUUGUUGAGCCAGAGAUCAAUACAUGCAUGUCAGAAAUCUGGACAUGUACAUGCCAUUUCUCAUCAGCAUCCAUACAGCAUAUCAUUCUCUUAGCUCACCUGUGAUUCAACACCUGUGAUUGUUAUGCUCAUGUUUGUUAUGGAUUUGUUAGCAACAUUUAUCCUAUCUUAGUAAUAUUUAGUAACACUUUUUUUAUACAGUAUAUAAUGAUUUGCAGCCUGCUAUUAAUCUUGUUUCAGUAUGACAUUUGUUAUAGCAGAGACACUUGCUCUCAGCCAAUCAACAGCAAGGGUUAUGAGGCUAUAGCACAGACACCCUGCUCUCAGCCAAUCAGCUGCAAGGGUUAUGAGGCUAUAGCACAGACACCCUGCUCUCAGCCAAUCAGCUGCAAGGGUUAUGAGGCUAAAGCACAGACACCCUGCUCUCAGCCAAUCAGCUGCAAGGGUUAUGAGGCUAUAGCACAGACACCCUGCUCUCAGCCAAUCAGCUGUAAGGGUAUAAGCAGGCUAUAGCACAGACACCCUGCUCUCAGCUGCAAGGAUUAUGAGGCUAUAGCACAGACACCCUGCUCUCAGCCAAUCAGGGGCAAGGGUUGUGAGGAGGCUAUAGCACAGACACCCUGCUCUCAGCCAAUCAGCUGCAAGGGUUAUGAGGCUAUAGCACAGACGCCCUGCUCUCAGCCAAUCAGGGGCAAGGAUUGUGAGGAGGCUAUAGCACAGACACCCUGCUCUCAGCCAAUCAGCUGCAAGGGUUAUGAGGCUAUAGCACAGACACCCUGCUCUCAGCCAAUCAGGGGCAAGGGUUAUAAGGAGGCUAUAGCACAGACACCUGCUCUCAGCCAAUCAGGGGCAAGGGUUGUGAGGAGGCUAUAGCACAGACACCCUGCUCUCAGCCAAUCAGCUGCAAGGGUAUAAGCAGGCUAUAGCACAGACACCCUGCUCUCAGCCAAUCAGCUGCAAGGGUUAUGAGGCUAUAGCACAGACACCCUGCUCUCAGCCAAUCAGCUGCAAGGGUUAUGAGGCUAUAGCACAGACACCCUGCUCUCAGCCAAUCAGCUGCAAGGGUAUAAGCAGGCUAUAGCACAGACACCCUGCUCUCAGCCAAUCAGCUGCAAGGGUUAUGAGGCUAUAGCACAGACACCCUGCUCUCAGCCAAUCAGCUGUAAGGGUUAUGAGGCUAUAGCACAGACACCCUGCUCUCAGCCAAUCAGCUGCAAGGGUAUAAGCAGGCUAUAGCACAGACACCCUGCUCUCAGCCAAUCAGCUGCAAGGGUUAUGAGGCUAUAGCACAGACACCCUGCUCUCAGCCAAUCAGGGGCAAGGGUUGUGAGGAGGCUAUAGCACAGUCACCCUGCUCUCAGCCAAUCAGGGGCAAAGGUUGUGAGGAGGCUAUUUAUUAAUAUGUCAUCACCUCCCGUAUUUUGAAAUCAUAUUCAUCAAUCAUCCAAUUAACUUUCAAGGCAAAUUGACAUGUAUACUUUAUACAAGAUUAAGUAGCAUCUCUAACAUGUACCAUUAUUAUAUUCUGAGUGCACAUUAAGGAAAUCCAUGUGUUAGAUCCUGUGAAUGAUUUACAGCUGUUUCUUAACAGAGUAACCAUGGUGAAAGUGAUGCUUGUCAUGGAUUGCUUGCAAAUCAUCUGAAUGUCAAGUUGUUAACAACAGGUGUCAACAGGUGUGAGGUGUCACACAGUUCAGCUGAGUUCAAGUGCAGGGAAUUUGUAGGCAAAUAUGUUAAUGCAUUCAAAAACAAUGUGCUCAGCUGUAUUUCGGUAUGCUGAGAAAGUCUUCAGAGUCUUGGUAAUAAUCUGUUGAUAAUAUACAAUAUUUGCUGUUAUGUAUUUUUACCUUAUAUGAACUUUACGUGCUUUAUAACAAAAAGAUUUCAUUGUUAAAUAGUGACUAUAUUAGAAGCCAAUAUCUCAAAUCCAUCAGUUAUGGUUGAAUUUGCCCCCGAUGUCUUCGCGGGAAACACCAGAGACUAAAAAGUCUGUGGGCACCCUGAUAGUUCUGGUGUAGGUCCUGAUAGUGUGGAGCGAAGACACUGCAGUCUGCAGGCCAUCAACAGCUGAUAGCACUGCCUUCAUACACUAGUAGCAACAUUAAACAUAUACUAAUCUAGACUAUCAUUUUCUGAUGCUGUUAUGACAGCUCCAAAUAUGGACGAGGGGUGUGUCUCUGUAUUUAGACUACAUGCCAACUGUAUGUCAUGUAACAUGUUUGGUUAAUCAACCUCAUGUCAUGUUAUAUAUGGCUUGAACAAUAAAAUACUAUUGUCAUUGUG